CAAAAGGAAAAGCAUAAACAUGAGUAGCCGCAGCCGGUCUUAAUCUCCAUGAAUGCAACAGCACUGCAUCAAGAAUCCCAAUCUGCACUAUGUCUAUGGGUUGUACUACGCUUUUCCAGUGCAUACUCUCGUUGGAGCUGCAAUACGAACUGAAACACGUGGACAAGCUGAAGCAGGUGGUCGAAAACUGUGACAUCAUAUGACAGCGCACAACUAACUCUCCCCCUCAUUUGUCAUGGAAAAUACCAAAUGCUAUGCACACUUUGCCUCUUGGCACUUUAUGCAUGACAGACUCUGGUAGCGCAAACAGCACUACAUUCCGCGUCGCAUUUGUCAUGCAAAACCUGCAGUCUUGCCGAGGCUUGUAUUCUUUCUGUUCAUGCCAUACAAAUGAGGGGGAGGGGAAGUUGUGCAGUCUCAUACAUCACCUUCACAAAAGAAGACUUGGACAAAGAAGACCCUGACCACUCGGGCAUCAUGAUACCACCUGGAUCUUCAUCUCGCGGACGGGGGCAUCAAAACGUGGCCACGACAGGAGGAGCUGAGCCGGCGUACGGAACAACGAUAGCCCACGACGGGGAUGGAGGCGCCGUCGUAGCGCCAGGUCCACCUUCCACAAAGAGGAAAGUGAAAGAAGUUCGCGGCGCAGGUGUCGCUCGUUGGGCGGAAAAACACGGCUCUUCCUGUCGCGUGUUGACCAUCACGUCAGCGAAUAUUCCCAAAUACCCGUAUCCAUAGAAGAAAUUUUGUUCAGCUGGUGAUAGUCCGUCGUGAGACGUUCUCUUGCUCCUCAUAUGAGAUUUAAAAGUCGUUGCUUCAUCGACCUCCGGGAAGGUGGCUGAUGAUAUGGUUGGACGAGUUAAGAACACUCUUCGUGUUUCAAGUUUUAGAAGCAUAAACCACACUCAUCUCAUCACGACGUCGACAUCUUCACACAUAUGUUUUGGCGUUUCAUACUGCUGCGGGCGAGGCGAUUGCAAACCACUGCUACCGGCUGGAGAAGCUUUCUGCCGCGGACAACUCGGAGAUUGACGACGAACUAGCGAUUAAGCUCUGCAAAAAGAUCUUUGACAGUAAUGGGCAAAACUCCAAGCUCGAGAAGCUGUUUCUGAACGGCACCAGCGUAACGGACGCCGGUUAUCCUGAGUAAAAACGUACCCACACCAGAGUCAGGAUGGGGAUUUUGCAACACAAACCUAGGAGUUUUGUGAGUCACGCAUGACAAUUUGCACUCUGCAGUGUAGUGCAGGUUAGCAAGUGCAGCCGCGGCACAGAUUCAUCUGCUCAUCCUGUUCACAGCAUCACAAAUUCCAAAACGCGAUUGGAAAUGGCUCUCAUGGGGAUGCGCAUUACAAGUCUUCCUGUCUUUGCAAAUCUGCAUUACAACUCUGGCGUGGGUACGUUUUUCCUCAGGAUACCGCAUGCGGCGAGUUCCUCAAGUACUGUCCGAACCUGCACAUGCUGGCGCUGAGCCGCUCCAAGUUCUCGGACAUUGGGGCGAAGGCGGUGUCAGAAAACUGCCGCGAGUUGAAGGUUCUCGGCGUCAACAGCUGCGGUUUGACGGACAAAGGCGUGCGUGACCUGCUCUACGUGACGAGGACUACUUGUACAACGUCUUCAACUUCUGACGAUGGAUUUAUUUUUGCAGGUGCCCCCGAGGGCGAUAGAAUAGUUGUACACCGCGAAGAUCAUGAUCCCCACCAAGAUCACGGACCGCGAGCUGCACCUCGUCCAGGAGAAACAGAAAGUCUGAACAACGUCGACAGAACCGGAUUUUCUGAGCAGGAGCCAGAGACUGGUCCAGCUGCAGAAGCGGUACUACUAGUUGCUGCAAAUACAAGAACUAAUUAUACAAGGACCUACAGCACGCCCUCCACCUAUGGCAGCUCAAACCUGCACACGUUUAAGCUUGCGGACACGCCGAUCACCGACGACGCGUGCACCUCCAUCGCGGUGUCGCUGAACAUGAAGUUGAAAACCCUGCAUCUGUUCAAGUGCGACCGCGUCACGGACCAGGGAAUCCGGGUGGUGGCGGAAAACUGCCAGAACCUGGAGGAAAUAGACCUCCACGGUCUGCAGUUCGUCACUGACUUGUCUGCACAUGCUUUGGCGGACAACUGCCCGCAUCUGAAGCGCUUUUACCUUUCUGACACCAGCAUCACCGCCCGGGGGUUGAAUCGUCUUCUGGAAAAAGAGAACGCCGUGAAGAUCAUGCGGCUGGAGGCGAAAAAUUGCGUCUUUGAGGAGGCGGAGCGGAAAGCGCUGCGGGAGAAAGCUACCGUGCUCUCGGAACAGCUCCAGCUCGUGCUGUGAGAUAAGGGACGUUGUACUGCGAAAGCAACUAAGUUUAAGUACUACCCGACGAGCAGCACGCUCUUGUUUCCAUGUUAGCAUGACCUGCCGACGGCGCUUUUGGUCCAGCUGGUGCCGCUGCGAUACUUACGGGGCUAAUAUACUAGAAAAGACGUGUAGUUGACAAAUACAAGUUCGGUCUCCAUCAAAGUUUGUGCUUGGACUAGAGAUGUGUCGUUCAACAUGAUCGUCAGGAACAUUUAUAGCAGGCUUGGGCGUCUGCAACCGAAGAACCCGCAUCGGUUGCGCCCACAUCGCUCUUCCUUCGUAAGCACUUCAUAAUCAUUCAAAGAAAAGCCGCCCUUGUAUGAUUUGCUCUUUGAUCGCAAAUGUCUACCUGAUCUACUUUGUCAGGACCAGGAGGAGCUGCUUUGCCAGCAGCAUUACAUCGGUACUAGUUGGUGGUCAGACACUACUAAACCUUGUCGGCGUUUUUCUCCGUUCGCUACAGAAUGUUGUUCUACUUUAUCGCGACGUGUUUACACCGUGACUGAAGAGCUGCGCACGAUGCGCAUUUUAUGG